CCGUCGCUUCUUCACUUCUUGUCUAUUUCAAGGUUUCCUGAGAGUCGGUGAAAAGCCAUCGCCGAGGAGAGGAGAGGAGAGGGACGAGCGAGGAAGAGGUGGAUGGAGUGGAGAGAGAGAGCGAGAAGAAGAAGAAGUAAAAGAAGAAGAGGAGACAUAAAAAAGGAGCAGCCAUGAUUCACUCAAAUCAUUCUGUCCAUGCAGUGUUCUGCUGCUGCUGUGCCAUCCAGACCAGGGAGAUCAGAACCCGCAUGGAUCUGGAGGGAAGCACAUCUCUUUGUUUCCAGAGUCGACGCCACCCAGGACAUGUCUACAGGGUGCACCCGUCGAGGAGGAAGCUCCCCCCUCCCCCGCCCGAGGACGAUGAGGAUGGUGAAGGUACGGGGCUGCUGCGGGUCGUCGCCAUGUACGACUUCGCCGCCAAGGAGGACACGGACCUCACGCUGAACCAGGGCGAGGAGUACAUCGUCCUGCACAAACAGGACCAGCUGUGGUGGAGAGUUCAGGACAAACACGGGAACAAAGGUUUCAUCCCCAGUAACUAUGUCACCGAGAGGAACCGGAUCGAAGCAAACAGAUGGUACUGCAAGAACAUCACCAGGACAGAGGCUGAGCAGCUGCUGAGACAGGAGGAUAAAGAGGGAGGCUUCAUGGUGAGGGAGUCCAGCCAGCAGGGGGUGUACACCGUCUCCGUCUACACCAAGACCUCCGGCAUUAACGGGAACAUCAAGCAUUACCAGAUCAAACACGUUGACGGUGGGCAGUACUUCCUGGCUGAAAAACACACCUUCAGCUCCAUACCUGAGGUCAUACACUACCAUGAACACAACGCCGCAGGUCUGGUGACCAGGUUGCGGUACCCAGUGGGGCCGAUGGGGAGGUGUGCUCCUGCCACGUCUGGGUUCAGCUCAGAGAAGUGGGAGAUCAACCCCAGUGAGCUGACCUUCAUGAAGGAGCUGGGCAGCGGCCAGUUUGGACUGGUGAGGCUGGGCAAGUGGAGAGCUCAGCACAAAGUGGCCAUCAAGGCCAUCAGGGAGGGAGCCAUGCACGAGGAGGACUUCAUCGAGGAGGCCAAGGUCAUGAUGAGGCUGUGCCACCCGAAGCUGGUGCAGCUGUACGGCGUGUGCAUGCUGCAGCGCCCCCUGCUGAUCGUGGUGGAGUUCAUGGAGAACGGCUGCCUGCUGAACUUCCUGCGGCAGAGGGGCGGGGCCCUGAAGGAGGCGUGGCUUCUGUCCAUGUGCCAGGACGCGUGCGAGGGCAUGGCCUACCUGGAGGCACACAGCUUCAUCCACAGAGACCUGGCAGCGAGGAACUGUCUGGUGAACGAGGACAACGUGGUGAAGGUCAGCGACUUCGGCAUGACCAGGUACGUUCUAGACAACCAGUACACGAGCUCCAGCGGGGCCAUGUUCCCCGUCAAGUGGUCUCCUCCUGAGGUUCUGCACUACAGCAAAUACAGCAGCAAGUCCGACGUCUGGUCGUACGGCGUCCUGAUGUGGGAGAUCUUCUCGGAGGGCCGCACGCCGUUCGAGAGCCGCAGUAACGUGGAGGUGGUGGAGGAGAUCACCAGAGGAGUGCGUCUGUACCGGCCGCACCGCGCCACGCACCCCGUCUACCGCAUCAUGUACAGCUGCUGGCACGAGAGGCCUGAGGGUCGGCCGUCCUUCGCUGAGCUGCUGGAGAACAUCAGAGGCCUGGCAGAGCAGCAGGAGUGACACACACACACACACACACACACACACACACAGUUCUCACACUGUAUUUUUCCGCUGUAUUUUAACUGCU